GCUCGGGCCCGGCGCGGGUGCUCGCCGCUCCGCAGAGCGCGCCUGGCCGGACCUAGGCGCCGCACGGGCGGGCCGGAGCCGGAGCCAGAGCCGGCACCAUGGGCUGCACGCUGAGCGCGGAGGACAAGGCGGCUGUGGAGCGCAGCAAGAUGAUCGACCGCAACCUGCGGGAGGACGGCGAGAAAGCGGCGCGCGAGGUCAAGCUGCUGCUCCUCGGUGCUGGUGAAUCUGGGAAAAGUACAAUUGUAAAGCAGAUGAAAAUUAUACAUGAGGCGGGGUAUUCGGAAGAGGAAUGCAAGCAGUACAAAGCAGUGGUCUACAGCAACACCAUCCAGUCCAUCAUUGCUAUUAUUCGAGCCAUGGGAAGAUUGAAGAUAGACUUUGGUGACUCGGCUCGAGCGGAUGACGCACGCCAACUCUUUGUACUUGCGGGAGCCGCCGAAGAAGGUUUUAUGACGGCAGAACUUGCUGGAGUUAUAAAGAGAUUGUGGAAAGACAGCGGCGUGCAAGCCUGUUUCAACAGAUCCCGGGAGUACCAGCUGAAUGACUCUGCCGCAUACAUCCUUAAUAACAAAAGCAGGGUCCUCUUCUCCCUUCUCCCUGUCCCUGCUCCCAGCCACCUGGAGCUGGUUCUCACUGCUGUCGCCGAGGUCCCUGGUGCGUUGGAAGUGCAGUACGACCUCACCUCUCGCUCUCUCCUCUCCAGGAUGUUUGAUGUGGGUGGCCAGCGGUCCGAGCGGAAGAAGUGGAUCCACUGCUUCGAGGGAGUGACGGCCAUCAUCUUCUGUGUGGCCCUGAGCGACUAUGACCUGGUGCUUGCGGAGGACGAAGAGAUGAAUCGAAUGCAUGAAAGCAUGAAGUUGUUCGACAGCAUCUGUAACAACAAGUGGUUCACGGAUACGUCCAUUAUACUUUUUCUAAACAAGAAGGAUCUCUUUGAAGAAAAGAUCAAGAAAAGCCCUCUCACAAUAUGCUAUCCAGAAUAUGCAGGAUCCAACACAUACGAAGAGGCAGCUGCAUAUAUUCAGUGUCAGUUUGAGGACCUCAAUAAGAGAAAAGACACAAAGGAAAUAUACACCCACUUCACCUGUGCUACUGACACCAAGAACGUGCAGUUCGUGUUUGACGCUGUGACCGAUGUCAUCAUAAAAAACAACCUAAAAGACUGUGGUCUCUUCUAAGUUUUGCAGUUCAUGGUACAGUGCGUUUUUCAAGCCAAAUGGGUUCUUCCUGUGGGUCUCUCUAGGCUGGAGUGUGGCAGUGACACAGAACGUAGCAUGUGGCACACGCACUGGGACCCGACCAAAGUCCUUCUGUCCUGUGUCUUUAGCUAAGGGUCGCAGGAGGACCUUUCUUAGAUGCCAAGGGGGUGUCCUGCUGCGAGAAAGGGAAGGGGGUCGUGUUGAGGCUGGACUCUAGGGUGUGGGUCAUGUCUCUGUAUGUGUAAAUAUGCAGCUGUGUGGACAGCGCGUCUAUGACUAACUUUCCACGUGACUUUUCGGUUUUAUGAGUGCCACUUACAGCUCUGGGGCAAUGGCUUUGGAGAUAGUAUACCUGUUAAGUACCCUGUACCGAAUGACAGACUAUGAUGUGUUUGCCAGUCUUAAAAGCUUUAUUUAAAUUUGUGUCCUGUAAAGUAUUAGGUAAUUCACAUUAGGAAAUGUCACAGCCCUUCCCUUGGAUUAUAUGUAGACUUAUAUUCAUAAAAAUGUUAUUUGUACAAACAUUGCACAGACUAUUUUAAUACCAUGAUUUGUUCUUUAAAUUUAGUGUUUUAUUGAAAUGCUCUUAGAGAGGAUGAAUAUACUUGCCUUGGGAUCAAUAAUUUUAAAAUUAUAUGCAUUUUAAUUUUUCUUUAAAGAGUGCAUGCUGCUCUGAUUCUACAUUAGAUUUGCUUUGAAAAACUAAAAUUUGAGAUUUUUGAAACGGUACAAUCUUACAAAUAUUUAAUUUGUAUUUGGUUUGUUUUCACUUUUGAAUUUUAAUAUACAGUAUUGUGCAUUGCCUUAAAGGUGAUGCCAGAUUACUUUUAUACAAUUUAAACAACUACAUUUUUAUUUGUAACUAUGUUUGGGUAGAUGUUGGAAGGAUUUUUGUGGGUACAAAAAUUUUAGCAUAAUGAAUUUUGAGACAUUCAUUUGUGUAUUUCCUUUGGGAAAUCCCUUGUACUUAGUAUAUGUGAGGGCGCCUUGUUUGGAGGAUACCACGAAAGCUCUUUGGUUCUCUCUUGCUGGUGUUACGCAAGCGUUGAAUUCAUCUAUGUAGCCAGUUUGGAAUUUAAUUAUGUUAAAUUUGUUUCCCUUAGAUAUUCAAUUCUCCUUGCCUUUGCUUGAAUUCAUAUUUUCUUUUUAAAUUAUUCUGUUGUUUUUGAGAGUUAAGUGGACAGCUACAUAUAGAACAUGAGUAAUAGUACUUAACAAAGUCAGUGAGUGUUUGUUUGUGCAAAUAAGUGUUAUAUAUCAGCUACUCCGCUUCGAUGGCUUCAUUUGUCUUUUGCUUAUUCACCACGUCUCUUUGACCUUGUUUUAACAAAAUGAUCAGUAUUCCCCACCUUGUUUCCCUUUUCUUACUUCUUCUGAAAAUCUGAGUCUUAUAGUAAGCUUCCGUGCUAAGUAGUUCCCAAAAUCCUGUGUGCGUUUGUCUGGUGUCCGUGUGUCCGUGCGUGUGGGUAGCCAUAAACUACCUUCACAGCUGUUCGUUUGGGGGCUUUUUUCUUUUUUCUUGUCUUUUUUGCAAAGUGAAGAAAUUCCGAGUUACCAGAUUAUUUAGCUGUGUUAGUUAGAUUCUUUAUGUGCCUUUCAUGAGAGAUCUACAUUCAUUCAUUUUGCUGGUGGGAGAUCUGCCCGGACUGCGUCGUGAGCUCUGUGUGAAAUUUAACUAUGAUAUGAAUACAUGUGAAUGAGAAAUAAGGUGGAAAAAGCCACAAAGAAGCACACAUUGGUGGCCAUCAUUGGUGAAUUCCUGAACUUCUUCUGUGUAAUUGUGUUACUAAUGAAUCCUAAUAAAUUUAAAUUUUUAAAAUUUUA